UGGUCAUUGCGGCCACAUAACCUCUAUCACAUUUCUAUUAACCAUAUAUUAUUUUUACAUAAACAUGAAGCAGCUACACUAAAAAAUUAAAUAAAAAUUAAACAAACAAAAGUUAGUUAAACUAACUUGUACGACACAAACGAUAAUUUGUAACUCAAAUAGUACAAUAUCAGAAGCGGUUACGUCACCAAACCAUACAGCAGCCAUUAAUUCAUUAAAUAAAAACUAUUUUGUUUGCCUGCCAUCCAGAGAGUUGCAAGUGAUUUUCUAAGAUAAUAAAAACAAAAUGAGACACCGUUUGUUUACUGUUCUCUCUGGAAAUGUUCUUCAAUGUGUUAAGUCCAAUGUAAGCACAAACAUUGACCAUGCUGCUGUCAGAAAUAUUUCCAUUUACUUGUAUCCCCUGCAAGCCGGUCACUCCAAAUGGGCAAACAUACGACACAUCAAAGCAGCCAAGGAUGGCCAAAAGUCUGCCCUAUUUGCAAAAAUAGCUCGUCAACUAAGAUUGGCCAUACAGGAUGGUGGCAGUGCCGAUCCAGCCUUGAAUAGUGAACUGAAAAGUGUCAUAGAUGAAGCUCUACGCAAGAAUAUGCCCAUGGCCAGCAUACAAAAUAAUUUGAAAAAGUUUACUGCAUCUAAAACUCAACUCAAGAAAUAUCGUUUGGAUGUUAGAUUUAAACAAAAAGUUUUUAUGGUCUUGACUGUGUAUACGGAUAAUUUUGCCCAACUCAAAAUGGAUUUGUCCACGGCUUUAAGAAAAGGAGGAGCUGUACAAAUAGAUGCGGGUCAUUUAUUUGAAGAUUUUGGCUUGAUUCAGGCCUAUCUGGAUAAGGUGCAUUUUAAAUCGGCUGCCGAACUUGAAGAUCGAGCUACAGAAGAUGCCAUCGAGUGUGGUGCAGAGGAUGUUGAAGUGAUGGACGGUGAGGCGGGUGCCGUUAACUUUAUAUGUAAACCAGAGGGCAUUAAUGGAGUACGCAAAGCUUUUGAGAAUAAGGGUUAUGUGGUGCAUAAUACUGAACAUAUAUACACGCCAUUGAAUACAGUUACUCUGACGCCCGAUGAAAAAGUGGCCUAUGAAAAGUUUGUGGACAAGCUGAAGGAAAUUCAGGGAAUUGAAGAUGUAUACGAUAAUGUGGAAAUGGAGGAAUAACUUUUGUUUAAUACCAAUAAGUUGUUAACUAAUGUUAUUAAUAAGUGUAAACAUAAUAAUGGUAAUAAAAUUUUGAUAACAAAAAUUA